CGGGGACGCCCCUUCUCAGACUUUCCUCCCCUCUCCCCCAGCAUCCCGAGGCACCCCCGGUAUAGAUCCGGUCUCCGACUCUCCCCCGUCCCCAUCUCCGCCCCCCGACCCCGGGCCACCACGGGAAGGAUGGAGCUGAUGCCCAGGAAUGCCUCCGAGUGCCCCAACUGCACCCAUGCCCCGGGGGCAGCCCCCUUGCCCCCCGUGAGCGUCCCAAAGGCGGUCCUCCUGGGGGUGAUCCUGGGGGGCCUGAUCCUCUUCGGGGUCCUGGGCAACAUCCUGGUGAUCCUGUCGGUGGCCUGCCACCGGCACCUGCAGAGCGUCACCCACUACUACAUCGCCAACCUGGCCGUGGCCGACCUGCUCCUCACGUCCACCGUGCUGCCCUUCUCGGCCGUCUUCGAGAUCCUGGGCUACUGGGCCUUCGGGCGCGUCUUCUGCACCAUCUGGGCGGCGGUGGACGUGCUCUGCUGCACGGCCUCCAUCAUGGGCCUGUGCGUCAUCUCCGUGGACCGCUACAUCGGGGUCAGCUACCCGCUGCGCUACCCGGCCAUCGUGACCGAGCGGCGGGGCCUGUUGGCGCUGCUCAGCGUCUGGGCCCUGGCCCUGGUCAUCUCCAUCUGCCCGCUGUUCGGCUGGAGGCAGCCGGCCCCCAAGGACGAGACCGUCUGCCACAUCAACCAGGAACCGGGCUACGUGCUCUUCUCAGCCCUGGGUUCCUUCUACGUGCCGCUGGCCAUCAUCCUGGCCAUGUACUGCCGCGUCUACGUGGUGGCCAGGAGGGAGAGCAGGGGCCUCCGCACCGGCCUGAAGACAGACAAGUCCGACUCGGAGCAGGUCACCCUCCGGAUCCACCGCAGAAACGUGCCUGAGGCCCGGGGCCCCGGCUCCAAGGGCAAGGCCCACUUCUCCCUGCGCCUCCUCAAGUUCUCCCGCGAGAAGAAAGCGGCCAAGACCCUGGGCAUAGUCGUGGGCUGUUUCGUCCUCUGCUGGCUCCCCUUCUUCCUGGUGAUGCCCAUCGGAUCUAUCUUCCCCGACCACAAGCCCUCGGACACCGUUUUUAAAAUAGCCUUUUGGCUGGGCUAUUUAAACAGCUGCAUCAACCCCAUCAUCUACCCAUGCUCCAGUCAAGAGUUCAAAAAAGCGUUUCAGAACGUGCUGAGAGCACAGUGCCUGCGGCGGAGGAAGUCCGGCAAGCAGGCGCUAGGCUACACGCUCACCCCGCCCAACCGCCAGGCCGCGGAGAAGGAGCAGACGGACACAGUACGGAUCCCCGUGGGCUCGGGGGAGACCUUCUACGAGAUCUCCAGGACCUCGGGGGCCUGCCAGUGGAAACUCUUCCCUCCGCUGCCCUCCCGCUCGGCCCGCAGGUCGGCCCGCAGGUCGGCCCAGUCGGCCCGCGGCGCCGGCUCGCAGGACGGGCCCGACUGCACGGCCGCCCGCGUGAGGAGUAAAAGCUUCCUGCGGGCCUGUUGCUGCGUCGGGCCCUCGGCAGGCCCCGGCCCGCCGGCCCGCCAGCUGCCCGCGCUCAAGAUCCACACCAUCUCCCUGGGCCAGAGCGGGGAGGAGGUGUAGCCUCCGGGAUGGCCCGACAGGCCCGACCACAGGCUCCACAUCAGGCCCGAUGACAGGCCCGCCCGACCCUCCGCCCUCGACGACCGGCUCGCUUUGGCCCGCUGAGGCGGCGGGAGAGGGGACGGUGACUGACUGACACGGAGGCGGACGUCACUUCCUCAGCCCAGUCAGAGCCCUCCGUGCCACUCUUCUUUCUCCUCCUCCUCCUCCUCUUCAGGGCCCUCGCUUUCCCUGUUUGAUCAUUCCAUCGAAAAAUGCCAUGGGAAACAAAAUCCGUAGCCAGCCCAAAAGACUAUAAAUAAAGGAUCAUGAUUUCAUUGGGAAUAUUUUCAGCACGCUCUCAUUUGGGAGCUAUUUCUUGAUCGCUGAUCUUACUGACAGGCGCAUUUCAGAUUCCACGGGGGCGGGGGCAGGAGGGGAGGUCUUUGGGGUGCACGGUGUCACUGGGCGGUUUCCGGGGGCCAGCUGUUUUGGCACGGGGCCUCCCCUCCAGCCCCCGGCCCCAAGGUUCAUCCGCAUGGAAGUGGCAGGGGACCCAGAUGGACUUUUGUCGGUCACCGCGAGCUUCAUUGCCCAGCGCUUAGCACGGUUCCUGGCACAUAGUAAGCGCUUAACCAGUCACCAUAAUUAUUAUUAUGAUUUCCAUGGACAGCAGUGACCAAGCAAAGCCUGGUGGCCCCCGGGGUCAGAGGGAAAUCCCUCAUGUCUUCAAGUGGUCAAAGACCAAACAAUCCAACAGGUGCCUAAAGGCCUUCUGUACUGCUGUUGCAGUGGACAGGUGAGGAGGGCGGCCAGCCUGGGCCUCCACUUCACAGACCGCUGGAGCAGAUUUGAGAUCUGUCAUGGGAAGGAUUAUCUUGCAACAUAUGAAAAGAGGAAUCAAGCUCCUAAGCUAAUUACACACCAAAUCCUGGGCUGCCAGAAACUGACACUGCCUCUUGGAUUUGCCAAGAGGUAGAGAGGCCUUUCUGGGCAAACCUCAGGGGAUUUCAGGAUCUCCGUUCUGAAAGCCUAAGACAUACAUGCCCCCUCCCCCACUCCCACCCCAGGCCCUGCCACGUUCCCCGCACACCAUCUGCUACCUACUUAACUUUUGCAUGGUUUGCCGGGGCCCUGGCUACCAACGGCACCUGUGGCAAGAUGCGGAAGGGUUCAGGGAGACCUCCAUGUGCCUGGGGAGGGGGAGGGACCAUGCCGAGGCAGGAGGAGCAGCAUGGAGCCACCACAAGCGCUGAAACCCCCUUUUCCAAGAGCUUCAGGGUCCCUGAGCACUUUAGAAACCUUUUGUAACCUGCACAACACCCCAGGUGUAGGCCCACCCUCUCUGUUCCAAUAAUUGUCAAACCUUUUUCUAGAUUACUGUCCAGGGUAUUUCUUGGGGUCUUCCCUCACCCGUCCCCCCGAUGAAAGUUUCUGCAGGGACCCCUGUCUCUUCUCCCUUUCCUUCUCCGUCUGCAGUAUUUAUUGAGCGCCCACUGAAUUCAGAGCACUGUACUGAGCAUCAGGAGAGCACUGUAGACAUGAGAGGUCCAAUUUCCACCCUCAAGCUGCUCGUCAUCCAACCAAGGGAUUGACACUGGACCCUUCCGCCCAGACGUACCCUGCCUCCCUCAUGCCGGUUGGCCGUGGUCAGCUAAGAAGCACCACCCUUGAAAACGCCAAGGUCGGUAUCUCGCACAAGGCACUGAGGCGCUUUGGCCACACGGGAGGCCCGGCUUCAGGAAUCGAUUCCUUUCUGCACAGGAGCGGGCUAACGGAUGCACUUAACCCUUUGUAUUGGGAGUUGGGACCAGAAACAGGACUCCUUCCAUGGAAAGCCUCCUCCUGGAAGGAACGCUAUUAAUAGUUCCCCGCAAGAGACGGUGCCUUUUACAGGAGGAUCUCAAAGCACUUUACACACCAUUUUCUCCAUUCCGGUUUACAGAUGGGAUUCAGACUCAACCUCUGAUGCUGAAUCUGGACAAGAUGCCGUGUUUACUUGGCCGAUCACCUCCACCGCAUAAUUUUCUCUCCCUCCCCGAAUGAUUUUUCUGAUUAGAAAAUAAAUUAUUUUUGUAAGCAGUGAUAGUGCCAGGUCCGGAGGUUAGAAGAGGAAAAGCGUGUAUGGUGGGGAGGUGUUGCCGUAAUUCAUUGCAUGCAUGCCUACUGUAAUAUCGUUGUGGGCAGGGAAUGUAUCUGUAUAUUGUUCUAUUGUAUUCUCCCAGGCACUUAAUACAGUGCUUUGCACACAGUAAGUGCUCAAUAAAUACAAUUGAAUGAUUGAAUGAAUGAAUGCAGCAUUCGGGACAGUGCAAUAGAAAUAUGGGCCUUCUUCCCUUUCUUCUCCUCUCCCUUCUUUUCCUUCACCAUUUUGAGCUUCAACUCUUUUCUUUCCCCUGUCCCUUAUUUCUAGGCUUAAUUCCCUAUGUAAUAGCCCCUCCCUUCUUUUAGAGUGGCAAAUAUUUUUGCCACUGCAUUUGACAACUAUGUGAGUAAAAACGGUAAAUCUGAGAGACUGACAUUUCUUAACGUUCUGAAGUGCUGUCACUUUAGGAAGCCAUUUCUCUUUUGUUUUUCCUUCUGGAGAAAUAAAAUGGAGGCCCAACCUUUUCCCAGAACCUGGAGUUGGUUACUGAGGGUCUCGCCUUUUAUUUAGGGUCACCCCCCUGUCCCCAGCUCUGAUAAACAAUCCAUGGGCUGAUUGUUGGGCUGCCUGUGUUGUAAUCCCGUGUUCUGCUUGUUUGUUUUAGGUUUGAGUCUUUUUGUUUAAAUCACCCAAAUAUCUAUAACUGUUUAUGUGCCAGCCUGUCUAAAAAUAUUGUCACCGGUCUUCGUUGACCGCUGCGCUGACCAAAUGACUUGUCAGAUGGGCCUAUUCUCGUCUCCCGUUUUACUGCUUCUAUUUUCGGUUUGAAGAAUUUAGCCAGAGCCAGAGUGGUUGAAAAGUCUCCUCUGGUGCAGUGAAGUGGUUGCUUAGGCCUUGCCUAAACUCCCCACAAAUCAGCAGAGCACGAAGGAGCAGCCAAGGAAGAAUCCAACUCACCACUGAGAUAACACCUGUCUCCACCAGGAAUCUCUCUCUUCAUCCAGAGAGCUCUCUAUCAGGAUCUCUCCAGUCUCGAGAGCCAUGUUUGGUCUUGAAGAGCCGGCAUUUCCUUGCAGCCUGCCAUCAGGAUCGCUGGAGACUCUCUAGUCACCUCAUCCCCUCCAUCGCUGCGGCCUCUUCCGGAAUCAUUUGGUUGCUGGUGGGGAACCAUAAUGGUGGGAAACCAAGUCACCAGAUCAUUGGGAUUGUCCCAGGGGUCCCAGCAGAUAGUAAAAAUAAAUGAAUAAAUGUGUUUGUUGUGCUGG